AUGAUACAUUUCGUGCUUCUAGUAAGCAGGCAAGGCAAAGUAAGGCUUACCAAAUGGUACUCGCCGUAUACGCAGAAGGAAAGAUCAAAGGUUAUACGUGAGCUGAGUGGAGUGAUUCUGAGUCGAGGUCCAAAGCUCUGCAAUUUCGUCGAAUGGAGAGGAUACAAAGUUGUUUACAAAAGAUACGCGAGCCUCUACUUCUGUAUGUGCAUUGACGAGGAUGAUAACGAGUUAGAAGUCCUUGAGAUCAUUCAUCACUUCGUUGAGAUCCUCGACCGCUACUUCGGAAGUGUGUGUGAGCUUGAUUUGAUCUUUCACUUCCACAAGGCGUAUUACAUAUUGGAUGAGCUGUUGAUUGCUGGGGAGCUUCAAGAGUCGAGCAAGAAAACUGUAGCCAGGAUUAUAUCCACCCAGGAUCAACUGGUGGAGGCUGCAAAAGAGGAGGCCGGUUCCAUAAGCAACAUCAUCGCUCAGGCUACUAAAUAG